AUGGCUCCAACAUUCAAGGAGUUGAUAGAAAAUUUGAGAAAGGUUCUCCAAAGGCUUAGGGAAGCCUCUAUGACACUAAAUCCUUCUAAGUGUACCUUUGGGUAUCAGGAAGUUAAGGUACUAGGACAUACAGUCAGUGCUAAAGGAGUAAGUCCCGAUGCUGGAAAAAUAAAAGACAUACUGAAUUUUGAACCACCUAGAAGACUGAGGGCUCUCAGGUCAUUUCUGGGGCUUGCCAACUACUACCGUAAAUUUGUACCUGACUACUCAAAGAUAGCCAGACCUUUAAUUGAAUUGACCAAGAAGAAUAAGUCAUUCAUAUGGGGUACAGAGCAACAAGAAGCAUUCCAAACCCUAAAGGAGAAGCUAACAACAGCUCCGAUCUUACGACACUUCGAUCCCAAACUGCCUGUUGAGUUACACACUGACGCUAGCGACAUUGGAGUAGGUGCUGUGAUCAUGCAAAAGGAAAAGGGGGAUGCGUUACCUGUAGCAUACGCAUCUAGGAGGCUAUCAGAAGCAGAGAAAAAAUAUACGGUCACUGAAAAAGAGUGUAUUGGUGUUGUGUGGGCAACACAACAUUUUAGGCAGUUUUCUAUGGGGGCGCAAUUUUACAAUAGUAGUAGAUCACCAUGCUUUGUGCUGGUUACACAAGAACCGGGACUCAUCAGGAAGACUGGCAAGAUGGGCCCUGAAGCUCAUGGAGUUUGA